UGGGGGAAGUAAGUAUCGCUAUGGCGUUGCAAGAUGGCGGGUGCUACGCCUAGUAAGAGAGCUGCUCCUGAUUCCAACACUUUACAGCCAGCAAAGAAGACUCACUGGUCACAAGGUCUUCUGGCUUCCAUGAACGAUCCAAAUCUCGUCGUAGAAUCGGACGACCGGAUCGUUAUCAUCAAAGACAAGUAUCCCAAGGCCCGCUAUCAUUUUUUGGUGAUACCCAAGUUAAAUUUUCCCAACUUGAAGUCACUAAAAAGAGAGCAGAGUGAGUUAUUGCAUUAUAUGGAGGAUCAGUCUCGAUUACUAGCUACAAAAUACCCGCAAGUGGAGUUUAGAUAUGGAUACCAUGCAAUUCCAAGUAUGUCUCAAUUGCAUCUUCACAUGAUCAGCCAAGACUUUGACUCUCCUUGUUUGAAGACCAAACGUCACUGGAACUCCUUUAACACAAGAUACUUUUUGGAUAGUGCAGAUGUGAUUCGUUGUUUGGAGGAGCGUGGGAUGGUAGUAACAAUGACUCCUAUAGCAGGAGAAAAACUCUUAGAUCAACCCUUGAAGUGUCACAAGCUCUGAUGUGGGUUGAUGACCUGUGCCCGGGUGGGCUAUACCCCGUAAAAAAAAAAAAAAGUGAACUAGUUUAAUUACUUUUGAACAUGUAUUAUGGUUUGAAGAAAUUACAUUACUGUAUAUGUGCUUAACCAGACUCAACAGGAUGGUAAUGCAGAAUCUCUUAGAAACACAUCAGUUUCUAGCUAUUCUUCAAGCCUUCAAGACCCAACACCAGUGCCUGAACACUUACAUAACAAUUGUAGGAUGGUUUGACCUCUGCAGUUGAAGCAGUCAUGACAGUUUGUAUUAUAAACAGUAUGGUGUGAAAAGAGUUAGGCUUAUCUCUCCACUUCAACACACAUAAUGGAAAAAUAAUGGAGAUGCAGUCCUAGGAAGAUGUAGAGGUUGACUCAGUGUGACAGACUACUUAAUGGGUUGCACUGUAGCCAAAAACACAACAAUAAUAGUGGGAGAAAGUUAAUACAGUACUGAUUACUUCUUCAGUAAAAAUGAUGUAUGAACACCACAUUCAUAAUUAUUUUUGAGGAUUAAUUUUUAGGCAAUAUUAUCCUGCAGGCAGUAUGAAGCUAAUGUAUGUAAGGUUUUACCAUUUGAAUGAAAUAAGUUUGACCAUGUAUUAUGAUCCAGUACAGUACUUGAAGCUAGGACCUGGGUUAUUGACCUUAUUUGGUUCUUUAGAUUUCUGUGGUUGCUGACUUUUUGGUCAUGUCUCUCUAGACACUAUUGCAAAGUAUAUAGAAGAUUGUACUGAGUUGGGAUGAUCUUGUGACCUCUUUACUGAGCAAUGUCCUUAUUUUGUAAGGAUUAUGGACUUGGGCACAUGAAUGCCAGUAUAAUUGCACCAUGAACUUCAGUUGUAGAAUUGAAGGAUUUUCCCUGAUUAUAAAUAACACAGUACAGUAUUAUGAAAAUAUGGUACCGUGCUGUAAUACGUAAUGACUACCUUUUUCUAUGUGUGGUGUGUAUGAGGAAUAUUUAAAUAUGUUUGUGUGAAUGUGAAAUAGAAUGCUGUACAGAUCUGAAGACUGGUUUUGUUAUACAGUACGUAUCUGGAAUAGUAUAAGAACUGACACAGCUUUAGGUAAAUUCUAUUUGUCAAUAAUGACAAAGUACUGUACUAAUUUUCAUUUUAAUCUUUAGAGAUAUCAGUAAGCUGUUUUAUAUAAUUCAGUCAGUUCUCAUUUUCUUGGGUGUAAGUAGGUGCAUAAUGAUUCAUAAGAAUGGGUAAAAUAAUUUGGGCAUUAUAUCUUUCAGGUGUUAACAGGUUUUGUGCACUACCCCAAUCUGGUGACAGCCCAAUGUACUGUAUUGGUAAAAUAUGCAUUAAAUCAUGAAUAUUUCCCUGAAUCUUUCCUAAGUACAGUAUGUACAAUCAAACACAAAAGUUGUGUCACGGUUUUGUCCGAAGAUUAAAUAUAACUCGUGAAUUAUUAUGAGAGCCCCUACCACAAGGCAGAGCGCACCAAAAGUUUAGCCCUUCGGCACAUGUUUUCACAAAAUUUCACGACACAACUUUUGUCUUUCAUUGUACACUAUGGAACUGGUUUACUGUACAUUUCUUCUUUUGUCAUCACCAUAUUAACUUAAUUUAACCAGCUACCAAUUAUUAUUUUUUAAAUUUAAUAGUUCAGAAAACAAUAUCUUGUGUAUUUUUCCCAAUUAAAAUUGCAAAUGCAGGAGUAGAACUUCAAUGAACACCUGUAGUGAUUAAUCCAUUGAUUAUUGUUAACUCAUAGUGAGUAUGUAUACAGUAUAUGUACUGUACUUCACAGUACAGUACUAUAAUGGUAUUUGAGGUUGUUUAGGGAAUUUGUAUGUUACAUUAUUUUCAAGUCUUAAUUUAACAUAUUAUUUUCAGGUGAUAAAUUAAAGGGAAAUAUUUUUUCAGAAACA